ACAGAGAGGAAACCUGUAGAGCACCAAGUGCAGAAUGAUCACGAGCAGGACAGAGCUGCUGUGGAUUUCAAGGCAAUAAUCACUCACUCUACAAUGCCUGGCCUUAUCCCACCAAUCCCAACGCAUUUCAACAUGGAUAGAGAUGACUGCAGAAGAAAUGCGGAGUUGUAAGUGCAAUAUUGGAGAAUUUUUACAGAUCUGGCUGGGAUGCUUGUGAGAACAAGGGUUGGAUUAGGAAAGAACCUCAUGUGUCGACUAAAGUGCAUGUUCUCCAGCUCAUCUGCUCCUGAGAGCAGGCUAUGUUUAGAAGAUACCCAACAAUGGUCUCAGUCUCUGGAGCGACUCCUGGGCUCAAAAUAUGGCUUGGCCACGUUCCGCACCUUUCUAAAAUCAGAAUUCAGUGACGAGAACAUUGAAUUCUGGCUGACAUGCGAGGACUACAAGAAGAUAACGUCAUCUCAUAAGAUGUCCUCAAAGGCAAAGAAAAUCUUAAAGCAAUUCAUUGAAGCCGAAUCUCCAAAAGAGAUAAAUAUCGACUAUCACACACGGGAGGAAAUUAAGAGGAAUGUACGGAGUCCGACGGUGCAGUGUUUUGACGAGGCUCAAAAGAUUGUAUACGGAUUGAUGGAACGUGAUUCUUACCCCAGAUUUCUACGAUCUGAGAUGUACCGGACCCUCCUGGAAUCCCUUGCAGCAGAUACUGCCCAAGGAUGAGUGUAUGGAUAUAUCACACCAAUGCUAAAACUGGAAUGGUCUGGUCUUCUAUGCAAGAGCACCCAUUAGUAACAAUUUAUGCACAGAGAUGACCAGAACCCCAAAGCUGGUCCACCCACCAAGGUGGAUCAACCUCCAAAGAACCUCUGAAACAAGGAGGAGUCAAGAAGGUAGAGCAAUGUCGCCUCCUCUAUCGUACUCUUGUUCUACGACAAGUUUUGGAGCAUACCAAAUCAAAAUGGAUUACAAAUAGAAGUCUCAUUGCACUAACUCUACAGUUAGCCAUAAAAACAUUAUUAGUGUGCCAGCUGGGGGUGCUUCCUGUCUAGAUAAGGACACAGCUCCUUCAAGCCUUUCCGGUGGUUUCUGAAGCUACAGCAUGGGCACAACACUAUUGUCUCUCCCUGGCACUUCCAGAAGAUCUUUAAGAACUGUUUAGCCAAUUACUUUUUUCCCUCCCCUUUUUUCCCCAAUUUGGAAUGCUCAAUUCCCAACGCGCUCUAAGUCCUCGUGGUAGCGUAGUGACUCAAUCCGGGUGGCAGAGGAUGAAUCUCAGUUGCCUCCACGUCUGAGACCGUCAAUCCACACAUCUUAUUACGUGGCUUGUUGAGCGUGUUACCGCGGAGACAUAGCGCGUGUGGAGGCUUCACGCUAUUCUCCGUGGCAUCCAUGCACAACUCACCACGCACCCCACCGAGAGCGAGAACCACAUUAUAGCAACCACGGUGGUUACCCAUGUGACUCUACCCUCUCUAGCAACCUGCCAAUUUGGUUGCUUAGGAGACCUGGCUGGGGUGGUAGUCAGCGUCUUUACUCGCUGAGCUAUCCAGGCCCCCUGCCAAUGACUUUGUUAACAAACACCACCACAGCCUGUUGGUUGAAGUGGUUAGGACAUUAUAGCGAGAAGAUUUGGACAUACCCUAUUUCAGCAUUGUUGCUUGAAAACAACACUGAAAAGUAAAGGUAAAAAAUGAAUUGUAGCAUGUGUGCCACACACACAUAAAAACUGUAGGCAUUACAUUACUUGUUAUAAUGUUUAAUUUAAAUGCAAAUACUAUUUAUUAACCUCAGCCACUGGUUGGAUGUUGACUUCAGUCCAUUUACUAUAAUAAAUUAAGACUUUAAAAUAAAGAUUGGACACUGGAA